ACCUCUUCGCUUGUGGAUCUUGAACAAUUCGAGCCGGAAUAGCAAGAAAUUCCGGGCGGUACGAUCGGUCAGGUAUCUUCCCUUUUCAAUUCCACCACUGUUGGAGUAAGUUCUGCUUUGAAAUCCCAGCCCGUGUAUCAGAGUCAUGAAUCCUUACGACCAUAGAUACGCCGAUCCCAAUUCCUACCGCGAGCGCCGAAGUGACCUAGUGGGUCCACAGCCUGCUGCGCCGCCGCCGAUGGCAGGGCGUGAAUCUAUGUACAAAGGCUUUCAUCCUCCUCCAGUACCAUAUUAUGGCCGUGAAAGAGGUGGGGGAGGUGCUUUACCUAAUGCUGGAGGUUUCAAUGGCUUCCCGCGGUUUCAGCCUCCCGCAGGACCGUUCAAUAUCGGUCGCAGUGGCAAUGAUUUCGGUAGCGGCGGAAGGAGAAUGUUUAAUUCUGGGAGGGGCGGGAAUAUGGGUUUUGGAGGUAGACGUGGUGGAGGAACGGGAUUUGAGGGGCGUGUUGGCGGAAGUGGGGCUGGACGUGGUGGUUCAUCAAGAGGGGACUUAGAUAACAUAGUUCUUCCAAGUCAGAAUUUUGGGGAUUUGGUCCCUUUUGAAAAGAACUUCUACACCGAGUGUCCUUCUGUGCGUGCAAUGACGGAGUCCGAAGUCAAGAUGUACAGAGAGAGGCGUGAUAUUAGAGUGGAAGGAUACGAUGUCCCAAAACCGAUUCGGAGUUUUCAGGAGGCAAAUUUUCCUGCUUACUGCCUUGAUGUGAUUGCGAAAUUGGGAUUUGUUGAACCAACACCAAUUCAGGCUCAAGGAUGGCCCAUGGCCAUGAAAGGAAGAGAUUUGAUUGGCAUUGCUGAAACUGGCUCUGGGAAGACUCUGGCCUAUCUACUGCCAGCCUUAAUACACAUUAGUGCCCAGCCUCGUUUGGUGCAUGGUCAAGGUCCCAUUGUAUUGGUGUUAGCGCCCACCAGAGAAUUAGCUGUUCAAAUUCAACAAGAGGUCACUAAAUUUGGGUUGCGUGCAAAUAUUAGAAGUACUUGCAUUUAUGGUGGGGCUCCUAAGGGCCCUCAAAUUCGUGAUCUCAAAAAUGGUGUUGAGAUUGUUAUUGCUACACCUGGUCGGCUCAUAGAUAUGCUGGAAGCUGGCCACACAAACCUGCAGCGAGUUACUUAUCUUGUUUUGGAUGAAGCUGAUAGAAUGCUGGACAUGGGAUUUGAGCCUCAAAUAAGGACAAUCGUGAGCCAAAUCCGACCUGAUAGGCAGACAUUAUAUUGGAGUGCCACAUGGCCAAGGGAGGUUGAAAAAUUGGCUAGGCAAUUUUUACAUAAUGCAUAUAAGGUGAUUAUUGGUUCAUCAGAUCUUAAAGCUAACCAGUCAAUAAACCAAGUCGUCGAAGUUUUGCCAGAGGCUGAGAAAUAUAGAAGGUUAAUAAAAUUGCUUGUAGAAGUGAUGGAUGGUAGCCGUGUUCUGAUUUUUGUGGAGACAAAAAAGGGAUGUGAUAAAGUAACCAGGCAAUUGAGAAUGGAUGGAUGGCCAGCUCUAUCCAUUCAUGGGGAUAAAAAGCAGGCUGAAAGGGACUUGGUUUUGUCCGAGUUUAAGAGUGGAAGAAACCCAAUAAUGACAGCCACUGAUGUGGCUGCAAGAGGGCUUGAUGUGAAAGAUAUAAAAUGUGUGAUCAACUAUGAUUUCCCAUCAAGCCUCGAGGAUUAUGUCCACAGAAUAGGUCGAACGGGGCGUGCUGGUGCAAAGGGAACUGCAUUCACAUUCUUUACUCAUGAGAAUGCGAAACAUGCCCGAGAGCUUAUAAAGAUACUGCGAGAAGCAGGGCAGAUCGUCUCCCCUGCAUUGUCUGCUUUAGCCACGUCUAGUGCCACUGGAGGUUCUAGUUCUAAAUACCGCCCUCAAGGACACAGAGGCUUUGGUGGUAACCGAACAAUGGUUUCAGGACCAAAUGCGAUCCCUAUUGGUUUGACAAGACCAAGGCCUCGCUAGUUUUUCGCACGACUUGCUAGAUAAGUAGUGUAUUUCAGAAAUGUGGACUAUUUUCAUUAUGUACCAUAGUUUGAGUUAUUACUAGAAUAGCAAUUUAGUAUUGUUUGGUAUGAAAAAUGGACAUGUGGGCAUAUGUGUACAUAAAACCAGAUUACUGGUAGACAUUGCUGAGGGUGGGUGUUAGUAUUAGGUCUGGUGGUUGCUGGGUUGGUGAAGGUGAAGAAGGAAAAUGAGAAGCCUAUGGCUAUUUUACCCAACCUCU